AUGUACAGACAGUGGGCCGUGGUGAAUAUUUUCGUGAUGUCUUAUCUGCAGCUGGUGCAGGGCUCCAGCGACGAACAUGGACCGGUGAAGCGGGCGUCUCGGUCAACGUUAGAAGGAACUGAACAGCAAAUCAGAGCGGCCUCUGGCUUGGAGGAGCUGCUGCGAAUCACACACUUCGAGGACUGGAAGCUGUGGAGAUGCCGACUGAAGCUCAAAAGUUUGACCAGCACCGACUCCCGCUCAGCUUCCCAUCGGGCCACCAGGUUUGCGGCAACUUUCUAUGACCUUGAAACCCUAAAAGUUAUCGACGAGGAAUGGCAGAGAACCCAGUGCAGCCCCAGAGAGACGUGCGUGGAGGUGGCCAGCGAGCUGGGGAGGAGCACCAGCACGUUCUUCAAGCCCCCCUGUGUGAACGUGUUCCGGUGUGGCGGCUGCUGCAAUGAAGAGAGUCGCGUCUGCAUGAACACGAGCACCUCCUACGUUUCCAAACAGCUCUUUCAGAUAUCAGUGCCUUUGACCUCAGUACCUGAAUUAGUGCCUGUUAAGGUUGCCAACCAUACAGGUUGUAAGUGCCUGCCAACGACUCCCCACCCUUCGUACUCCAUUAUCAGAAGAUCCAUCCAGGUCCCAGAAGAAGAUCACUGUUCCCAUUCCAAGAAACUCUGUCCUAUUGACAUGCUAUGGGACAGCAACAAAUGUAAAUGUGUUUUACGGGAGGAGAAUCCACUCGUUGGAAUGGAAGAGCACUCUCAUCUCCAGGAAAUGGCUCUCUGUGGGCCGCACAUGAAGUUUGACGAAGAUCGUUGUGAGUGUGUGUGUAAAACCCCGUGUCCCAGAGAGCUUAUCCAGCACCCAGAAAACUGCAGUUGCAUUGAGUGUGGAGAAAGCCUGGAGAGCUGCUGCAAGAAGCACAAGAUAUUUCACCCAGACACCUGCAGCUGUGAGGACAGAUGUCCCUUUCACACCAGAACAUGUGCAAAUGGAAAACCAGCAUGUGCAAAGCAUUGCCGCUUUCCAAAGAAGAGGGCCGCCCAUGGGCUCCAUGAUCAAGAAAACCCCUGACUCCGCUUUUUCCCAAGUUCCCCAUCUCUGACAUUUUAAACGGGAUGCUGCUUUGCCAAGUUGCUGCCACUGUUCUUUUUUUCCAGGUACUAGGGAAAACAUCUGUUUUAUCUGGUACCACAGUGAAUCCGGACCACCCUUCCAUUACACACCAGCUGGGGCUCUCCUGGUUCACCGAAUGCCUUCCCCCUGAAGAUACCCGUGCACAGCAAGGAAUGCAAAGGAGGGAACCUGUGUAAACUUUUUUUUUUUUUCCCAGUGAAUGAGAAAGGUUUGAUCCUCAUAGAAUCACAGGUGCUGUAUGAUUUAUUACUCAAAGCUGAUGAGGCAAUUUUAUAGUCUCCACUAUAAAAUAUAGACACUAUAGUCCUCCACUAAUACAAAGUCUCUUGUGAAUUAUUCUGCCUCUUUAUUAUGCAGACUUUGAUUUGUAUGAUCAGCACUGAUUUUAUGAUUACUGUCCAGCUUGUAGUUUCGAGUUUACUGAACUACUGUCUGUUGUUUCAUAUU